GUUAUUAAAUAGGUUUGUUUGUUUGUUUGUUUGGGUUAUUUAAUCUCGUAAAAUCAGAGUCUCUGGUCAAACUAAUAAAUACAUUUUAAACGGUUUAGUUGGAAGACUAAUCUUUGAAUUCUUUGGGCUUAAUUUAAAGAUUCAAUCAUGGAUGAUGAAGUGAUACGAUUUGAAAUAACAAAUCAUGACUUGGAUAAUGAAUUCAAUACAAGACGUGGUACACCAUUAUCAAAGGAACAAAAAAUUUAUGGUAUUUGGGCAGAUGAUGAAAGUGAUGAGGAUGAUAAAAGGUCUGCUUUUAAGAAUGGCAAAGAAUCCAAAAACUACUCUGCCCCCAUAGAUUUCGUUGCUGGAGGAGUUCACCAAGUUGGUGAAAAAAAAGUGGUGAAACCUGAUGAUGACGUAGGAGUUGAUGUGAAAUCGGAAUUCCUUGAGACAAAAAGAAAUUCGAGUGGCUCUGAAGAUGGAGAUGAGACAUUUCCAAGAACAGGUCUUUCUUCAGAGACGAAGACUUUCACUACAGAAAUUACAGGAGAUAUAGCUGGUCUAAGGACCAAAAAGUCUACUUCACAUUCUACUCUUAUAGAAAGAGGUGUUGGUAAUUGGGAAAAACAUACGAAAGGAAUAGGAGCUAAGUUGCUUCUGCUGAUGGGUUUUCAACCAGGAAAAGGUUUAGGCAAGGAUCUUCAAGGUAUAGCAACACCUGUAGAAGCACAUUUAAGGAAAGGACGAGGAGCUAUUGGUGCCUAUGGUCCAGAAAAGCAGACAAAAACUGCGCAACCAUUGUUACUGGACAAUAAAAUUUCAAAACAAGAGAGAGGACAGGAACAAAAUGGUGAAUCAAAAUGGAAAAAAGUUUCCGAGAGUAGAUCAAGAUACUAUUAUCGAAGUGUUGAUGAUGUUAUCGAAAAAGGUAAACGUCCUGGAGCUUAUAGAAAUUCAGGAAUAGCAAGUGAACUUUCCAAAGUGAAAGUUAUUGAUAUGACUGGGCCCCAGCAGAGAAUACUAAGUGGGUAUCAUGCUCUCAGCGGUCUGAGGCCCCCUCCUGGCGUGGAGCACUUCGAAGAUGUAAUCCAUAAAAAAUGCUCCAAUUUCGCAUUACCAGAAAUACAACAUAAUGUUGAUUUGUUGGUAGAUAUGACUGAGCAGGAAAUAAUUCAUCUCGAUCGAAAAAAUAGAUGUAACAAAGAUAGGAUAUCAGCUUUAAAACAAGAAGAAGAAUCAUUGCAUAAUUUACUUGAAAAUGAAGACGGCCUUCUGCAAAAUUUACAGAAUGUAAUGGAUAUGGUAGACAAAUUGGUGGACCCCUCACAGAGCUUCUCACUAGGACAAGUAUCUGAGAUGUUUCAGGAGCUACAGAACGAAUUUUUCGAAGAAUAUUGCAGAUAUGAAUUGGCAGAGUUAGCCCCAGGAUUAGUUGGCCCACUCUUUACUUCAGCUAUGGCUAAGUGGUCUCCAUUGAUCACACCCAGAGAAUUCGUUUAUGUUUUUGAACAGUGGAAAUUUAUCCUUGAGAGACAUUUACAAAACCGAGGAACUAAUGAAAAUAAUGAGAAUGGAAUACAGCCAUAUGAUAGUCUUAUUUGGCACACAUGGAUGCCUGUGAUGAGAACAUGUAUAAGUACAUGGAAUCCGAGAGAUUGCGAUAAUUUGAUCAGUUUACUUGAGUUAUGGACUCCUCUUCUCCCUCAAUGGAUACUGCAGAAUAUGUAUAAUGAAUUAAUAGUACCUAGAUUGAAGGAUGAAGUCGAUUCUUGGGACCCAAUGACUGAUACGGUACCUAUUCAUACCUGGAUUCAUCCUUGGAUACCACUAAUUGAACCCAAGCUACAAGAACUGAUCUAUCCAAUAAUCCAAAAAAAAUUAGGAGCAGCUCUAACUAAUUGGCAUCCAUCAGAUCGUUCAGCGAAAUUUAUGUUACAACCAUGGAAGCGAGCUCUUCCUGAAGGAGUUUUCGUCGCUUUUCUCAUAAAACACAUAGUACCGAAAUUACAAUUGUGCAUGCAGUCACUUGUGAUAAGUCCACUUGAGCAACAUCUAGAUAACUGGCAUUGGGUCAUGGAUUGGAGUGACAUGAUAUCUGUUGGUAACAUGACGCUAAUUUUGGACAAAUUCUUUUUUCCUAGAUGGCUUCAAACAUUGGCUUUAUGGUUAAAUCACGAUCCAAACUAUACUCAGGUUACAGAAUGGUAUUCUGGAUGGAAAAGGAUGCUCUCUGACGAACUUUUAGCCCAACCCACAAUCAAAGAAAACUUCCACAAAGCGUUGGAAAUGAUGAAUAGGGCUGUAAAAUUGGAACAACAACCUGGAGCUAAAGAAUCUAUAUCAUAUUUGACUACACUAGAAACCAAUGUACCUCCACCACCACCUCCUCCAAAAGUUGAAAGUUUUGCAGAAGUGAUAAGAAUUACUUCGCAAAUACCACAAGGGUUCAAAGAUCUAGUCGCAAAACGAUGCGAAGAAAGGGGGAUUCUGUUUGUACCCAUAACAAAUAAAUUUCGAGAAGCGAAGCAAGUUUAUAGGAUGGGUACUAAUGGUGUCCAGUGCUAUAUUGAUAGAAAUGUAAUAUUUUAUUCAAGCAAUAAUUCUACCUGGCUACCAAUAUCCUUGAAUAGAUUAUUAGAUUUAGCAUGAAAAACUUAUUUAUGACUUUUUAUGCUUAAGUACUUCCAGAAAUAAUUGACCUAAUAAUUAGACUGUUGUAUUCUGUGGAGGCAUGUUUUACUUCAGUUGCAAAAUAAAUAAGGAACAAAUA